CUUGGUACCUUUGUGCCCUAGCAAGGGCUGAAAAGUAGUCCAUUGGACGUAUAUCUACACCGGAGUACAGACGCUCGACGGCUGGCGCCCAACGUUGUGCCAUCACGGCAGGGUCAUCGGAUCGAUAUGUCCGGUCAAGCAAACAAUUUUGUGAUAUUGCUCAGUCCAACACAUUUGAAGCCAACCCCUCGACUGCCCAAGCCCAUAUGAGAUGGCCGUGUUCGAUCCUGGUUGCCGCCAAUCAUAUUGAAAAACGAGCGUCUUUUUAUGUAAAUCGCCGUCUCUUGAUUCUCUGUCGGACCACAUGUGAGUCAGUUGUCUCUAUAAUUCAACUUUCCAACGCACUACUUGUAGUACCAAUACUCGACCGGUGCUCUCAUCCGAAGAGAAAACCCCGGACCCGUACGGUCCUAGAUAUUACGGAUUUCAGUCCAAACGUGGUGGCACUACCAGAACGGACCCUCCGAGUACCGGAUAUAGCAGCAGGAAGCGCGCAGAGCCCAUUCGUGAAUGUUGGGGUCCUUGGAAGAGGAGGGAGGGGGGGGGAGGUUGAUUUCAGAAAUUUAGAUCCCUGGGCCCGAGACCUCGAGUACACUGUUCUUGUUCACGAUAAGUCUCCAGGCGCAAGGACGGCCAAUAAUCUACCGAGAGCGGGGACCUUGUCAGGCUUUCUUAUCAAAUAACAAUUAGGUCGGGCUCCAACUCCAGUUCGUGUCCAGGACGACUCAGGGAUGGGCCCAGGAGUACUGCUUAGUUACCACAUUCACAAGCAGGCCCAUCCAUCGCCUGAGCAAGAAUACUUCCAUGGUUACUUGCAUCUUCCUUGGUUUUGGUUAUGCUUUAUCUUGAGCAUAUCGAAGUCGAGGCUGCGUCUCGGAAUGGAACAUUCGCU